ACAGGCUUCUGCAGCGUGCUGCAUUAUUCCUGAGUUAAUCGGCCACUGUUAUCUUCUCCUAAUGCAGAUGUGAUUUAUUUAUUUUUUGCAUUUGUUUGUUUUUUUUCUUUUCGUUUUUUUUUUUUCCUUUAACCUUCGUUAUUAUUAUUAACACUUGCCUAAAAACCAUCAAUAAGGCUCAAGCUUUCUGAUAAAUCUGUAGAGUGAAAUCCUCACGAAUCAUUCUCAUGAGCCUCAUGUUUGAUUUCUUGUAGGCCUUUGCUGCAGACAUGGAGAAAUUAAGGGUACGAAAUUCCUGGGUGCCAACCUGUCUCUGGCAGCCUAAAAUUCUUCAAGGCAGUCACGCAAAAUCCUCUCCUACCCUCUGGGACAGCAGCUUGCAGGACCAGAAGGAAGAAUUGCAGAAGCGACUAUCGUACACCACCCAAAAAUUGGAAAUGGUUGAGAGUGAAUUUGACUCCACGCGGCAGUACCUUGAAACCGAGCUAAGGAGGGCUCAAGAAGAACUGGAAAAAGUUACAGAGAAGCUGAGACGGAUACAGACAAAUUAUAUGUCUUUACAAAGAAUAAAUCAGGAGCUUGAAGAGAAGUUGCACAGAAUGGGUCAACAUUAUGAAGAAGAGAAGAGAGCAUUAGGCCAUGAAGUAAUUGCACUCAAUAACCAUUUACUGGAAGCCAAGGUGACGAUUGAUAAAUUAUCCGAAGACAAUGAGCUGUAUAGAAAAGAUUGCAAUUUAGCCUCUCAGCUGCUGCAGUGCAGUAAGAGUUACUUCCGAGCACACAAAUUAUCAGAGCUGCCAACAGACUUCCAGGAAAGAGUAAGUCAACAUAUGGAAAAAUUUGGAUGUAGCCUUACUGUGCCUCUUUGUAACACAUCAUAUGCUGAUGGAAUUCCUACUUGUGUCAUUGCUAAGGUGUUGGAAAAACCUGAUCCUAAUAGUCUGUCUUCACAUCUAUCAAGUGCUUCAAUGAGAGACCUUAGUUAUGAGCAUGGCAGUCAAGAAGCCGAUGACAAACUUCGCCAACGGCCACAGUUCAAGUCGGAAAUCUACUGCAGCGACACUGCUCUAUACUGCCCCGAAGAGAGGAGAAGAGACAGACGUCAAAGUUUUGAUGUACAAGUGAAAGAUGAGGUGUUUUUAAGAUCUCAAAACUCUACAGAUAGCACUGUAGAAGAUGGUUUUCACUCAAGUUUCUCACAUGAAGCCUUCAAUGAAUAUGUAGCAUCAUUACCAACCUCCAGUUCAUAUUCGAGCUUCAGUGCAACUUCAGAAGAGAAAGAGAACAACCAAACCAACACUCUAACUGCCUCUCAACAGGCCAUAUAUAUGGGUAACAGAGAUGAUCUUUUUGAGAGAAAGUCAACAACAGGUUACGAGCAUUCAGCAAGUCCAAGAUUUGUAAAAUCGAAGUCUGUCCAGCACAUGGAGCACAGCCCUGAAAAUACUGCAUCACCCAAUUUUACUAGAUCAUCUUCCUAUGUAGAAGAACCUUUCAAUUUCACCAGAAUGCGCACACAACAGACAUUAAGUGCUCAUAAAUCACACAGCGAGUGUAGGAGCUCCCACCUAUCAGAAGACGACUUACCAACACGUUGGCGUCAGCUAAGUGUCGAGGACAUUGGAGCUUACUCCUACAGCAAUACUGGACGUUUAUCACCAUGUAGUUUUACGGAACAGUAUUUCGCUCAUAGCCCUGUUAAGCAGUUAGAAAGUAGGAUGAGUCCCUUGUAUGCAAGUUACAAACAGGAUAGUUUUUCGGAAGGCGAAGAAGUUUGUCAAAGUAGGAUGGGGGAUUCCUGUUUUCUGAGAACAGACUCUGGCUUAAAAAUAGAUAUCAGUGCCAGCUGCCAAAAAGAAAUGUUGUCUACGUUUAAAGCGAAGGAAGUAAGAGACCAAAAAGGUGAACGCAUGUCGGUCCAGAUGGCAAAUAAAAACGUAGAUACUGGUGCAGCAGCCAAGAGGGAAUAUGUGGAUGUCAGCCCCAAUAGCUCUGCCGAAUCUCUCACUCAAAGCCCUAUAGAGGGUUCGGACAUGCACCAGUCUUCCAUCGACCAAGGACAUGCAGGUUUUCAUGGCAAACCCCAGCAGUUUCAAAGAACUGGGAGCAUUGGUUUAACCAGAAAAGAUAGCCUGACAAAAGCACAAUUGUAUGGGACCCUUUUGAAUUAAAGAUCUUCCAGAUUGCAAUAAACGAGAGAAUGGAGAAACUCGAAGUGAUAAAAAAAAAAGUCAAUGUGAGAUAUGUUGCAUUUAACAGGGGUCUGCUGUUGGUGGCAGGACGGAACAACCUGGUAAUUCUUUGAGUAUUUGUGUAUCUUGCACUUUCUUGACAAUGCCCCUUAAAUGUGUCUACUAUGACCUUGUACGUAUGCAAUUUACCUCAUUAAAUAUGUGCAUAAGGUCAUCUAAAUAAUGGUUUCUUACUACAGACAAAAUCCUGUUUACGCCACAGAUCACGGUUUUAUAAAUUUUGUGCACAUAUGAAUAAGGCUGGGACUUCAUUUAAAAAAACAGACAUAGAAUUUCAUGUUUUAACCAAAGUCUGAAACCAAGACAACAGUUCAAGCCAUCUAAAAAAGAUUCUCAAAGACGGAAUAAAAAAAGAAUUAAUGCAGUUUUACUAUACCUGAGCAGGAAAAUUAAUGAAUCAGGUCUCGGAAGUGGCAAUGUGAAAUGUGCCCAAAUACGUUACUAUAUAUAUACAUAUAUUUAGGAUUUUUCAAUAUUCUAUGAAUGGAUUUAUCCAUGUUUUUUUUAGAUUAUAUCCACAUACUAGUUUUUAAUUUAAAAAAAAAACUGGAUAAAUCUGGUGCUGCUUUGAACCAAAGCAAAAUUCCAUUGUAUCUCGUAACUAGGCACCGAGGUUAACGUUUUCUUUUUGCUCUCCGAUAAAUGUGAAUCAUUCAACAAAAAUCUGUAUAUUUUCAAAUACUCUCUUUCUAACAAAAUUGUAUUUACAUGUUAAUAACAAUUCUGAACCAUAUUAACUUGAAUUGCAUUACUUAUAUAAAGUAUUUUUGUUUGUGUUAUUCGGUUUGUGGAUAUUGGAUGUCCCACUGCAUAGUACGGUGAUGGCUAUGCUUUGGCAAUUGAGAUACCGUGAGUUACAUUUCUCACAAUGUUCUGCCAAGUUUUUGG